GAUAUAAAAGUUUAAGGCAUUCAUAAUUUCUUCUUUAUUUGUUGUCCACAGGUGCUACCACUAGCAGCAGCGCGGUUUUCGGCUCUGGUGGUUAUUGUGAGGUUUUUUUUUUGUUUUUCCACACGCUGUUCAAAGCUGCUAAGGUAAUUUUAACCAAAUCUCGUGCCAAGAAAAGAACAUCGGUUUAGCGUUGAAUCGCGUAGUGCCUCCGGACAACAAAUAAAUCAACGAUGAAGCCUUCAACGACCGUUUGGAUCGGGUUGGUCAGCUUUCUGGCCGUCCUGACGGGAUCGGCUUUGGCGCAGCAGUUUGAAAGACCUCCGUACGUUCUUCCCUGCCGGCGAAGUGACCCAGAGAUCAACAAAUGCAUCAAAAACUCGUUCAAUUUCAUCCGGCCGUACAUCAAGGCCGGUCUGGCCGAACUCAAGACGCCACCAAUUGAGCCACUGCGAAUUCCAGAACUGGCCAUGGAAAAUAACGCCGGCGCAGUACGCAUCAAGGCCCUCUUCACCGACAUCGUGGCCCUCGGAGCCGGAAACUACACCAUCAAGGAUGUGCGCAGCGACAUCAAGAAGCUGAGAAUCGACAUGAGUCUGGGCAUUCCGCGGAUUGAGUCCCGGGGAAAGUACGAAGUCAUUGGAAACGUGCUGCUGUUGCCCGUUCGAUCGAACGGUGAAUUUUGGACCGAAUUCACCGACAUCAGUGCCAUUGCCAAGAUCUACGGUAAGCCAGUUGAGCGGGAUGGAGAAGUGUUCAUGUACAUCGAGAAGAUGCUGGUCGAUUUCACCAUGAAGAACGCCCGCUUCAAGGUUAAGGACAACGUCAAUACUCAAAAUGUGCUUGGUGAGGCUAUCAACCAGUUCCUGAACCAGAAUGCCAACGAGCUGAUCCAGGAGAUGAGACCGGCCUCGGCCCAGAGCAUAGGCAAACUGUUCCGCAAGUUCCUGAAUGAUGCCUUCAGCAAUCUGCCGAUGCGAUUGUGGCUGCUGGAUGAGUAAGACGAUGCUGCCUGCCCCUGCUGGACAUAUGAAUGGACACUUGGCGGAAGUAGUCCGAAAAAAAAUCAAAACAAAAACAAAACAUUGAAGAGAAUCGGGCGGAGAUAAGCUUAUCUCUCGUGUCUCGAGUGCGAAUGUGUGUAUGAUGGAGAGUCUUAGUAGCAAGAUAAGAGCACUUCUCCUUAUCCACUAAGUGAUAUGAUUUAGUGAGUAAGAUUAUCUAAUUGAUCGGCACCGAAAAAAGAUAGUAAGAAAAACAGUUUUAGACACUUGAAAUCGAAAUUUAUAACUAUAAAAACGAAAUCGAACUUGUUGUUUUUUUCGUUGUUAAUUUUUCGAGAACAAUUCAACCCGAUACAUGCUAUUAUUUAUUGAAAGUGUAGUUCUGUUUUGUAUCGUUGUUACACGCUAAACACUAUAGUUAGGUCGAAUUCGGUUCGUGCUUUUUUAAUCGGCCCAUCGUUCGACACUUUGGGCCGCGAAAAAACAGAAAGGUACAAAAACUUAAAUCACCCCCAUUAGAGUCUAAGUUAUGUAAGAUUGUAAAUAUGAUUGAACGUAAUUUGUAUAAUGAAACAAACCAUUGUCAAUAAAAUUUGUAAAAUAUUCCA